UGGCAAUGUCUCCUUGGGCCAGGCUCCUCUCCAGCACCUCCAGGGUCAGCCUGCUGCUGCUGCUGGGCUCUGUGCUCCUCUCCUGCUCCAGCCUGGGACAGAGAGUGCCUGAGUUUGCCCUUACAAAAAUAGAAGAGAGCGACAUAAAAGAUGACAGUGGGAAGGAGCUGGGGACAGAGGAUGACGCUGAUCCUGAAGACCUGGAAGUGUUUUACCCCACGGGUCAGUGGCAAACCCUGCGUCCAGGUCAGGCUGUUCCUGCAGGGUCACACGUGCGGCUGAACCUGCAGACAGGAGAGAGAGAAGCCAAACUCCCGGACAGAGAAUAUGGGGAAGGUGACACGAGAGAAGAGAGAAGAAGAAAAAGGCUGGGCAAGGUUGAUCUCGAUGCAAAUUCAUUCACAUCUGAGGAGCUUAAAAAGGCCUUGGCUAAAAUUGAGGAAAGUGACAAGGCAGAAAGGAAGGCCCGAGAGGAAGACGUGAGGAAGAAGUUCCGGCCCAUAGAGCAGCUGAAGGAGGAGUUUGAAAAGCUGAACAUGAAGAUAGAAACAGAUUAUGAAAUUAUGGUUAAAUUAAUCAGCAAAUUCAACAGCUCUGCCUCCAUGCUGGAUGAGAAAGUCGCGGAGCUUUAUGAUCUCGAAUAUUAUGUUCACCAGGUGGACAAUGCCAAGGAUUUCCUGUCCAUGGGUGGGCUCCGGCUGGUGAUCGAGGGGCUGAACAGCAGCGAGGCCUCGCUGAAGGAACACGCUGCCUUUGUCCUGAGAGCUGCCCUGUCCAGGUGA